UUCAGCACCCAAAGGACGAAAGUGCGAGAUCCGUCUGUGUUGUCUAUUAUAGCUAGCUAACUAUUUCUGACUGUCCAUAUUUGUGUAGGAACGUACAGAAUACUUUUUUGCCUGAUGUGACAAACUUAGUUAGUGUCAAACAUGCGUAAAAACCUACGCCAUCCGAACAGGGAACCGCCGAGAAAGGAAUUAUCGCCACUCAUCUGAGGCCAAACUCGCUGAUUUUGUUUUGUCAAAUAAGGAAACAUAACAAGAUAGCUAGCUCGCUAGCUAGAUAUAUCACCACGAAAAUACCCACUACACAGGGACCUCAAAAACAUCUACAUUCUUUUUACAGUUGGAAACCAGUGUGUAGGUAUGGGGGCGUUCCUGGACAAGCCUAAGACAGAGAAGCACACAGCCCAUGGCCAGGGCAACGGGCUGCACUAUGGCCUGAGUAGCAUGCAGGGCUGGCGGGUGGAGAUGGAGGAUGCCCACACUGCCAUGGUGGGUCUUCCCCAUGGCCUCACCGACUGGUCCUUCUUCGCCGUCUACGACGGGCACGCCGGCUCCCGCGUCGCCAACUACUGCUCUGCCAACCUGCUGGAGCACAUCCUAUUAGGGGGGGCGGAGUUCACCCCAGGGAUGGGCUCAGUGGAGGGCGUGAAGGAUGGGAUCCGCGCCGGCUUCCUUAAGAUCGACGAGUACAUGCGCAGCUUCUCGGACCUCCGGCAGGGGCUGGAUCGCAGUGGCUCCACGGCGGUGGGCGUGCUGCUAAGCCCCUCCCACCUCUACUUCAUAAACUGUGGCGACUCCCGGGCCGUGCUGAGUCGAGAAGGACGAGUCGGAUUCUCUACACAGGACCACAAGCCGUGUAACCCCAGAGAGAAGGAGCGUAUCCAGAACGCAGGGGGAUCAGUGAUGAUCCAGAGGGUGAAUGGUUCCCUGGCCGUGUCCAGAGCCUUGGGGGACUAUGACUACAAGUGUGUGGAUGGGAAGGGUCCCACAGAACAGCUGGUCAGCCCAGAGCCAGAGGUGUGUGUGUUGGAGCGUGCUGCAGAGGGGGAUGAGUUUGUGGUGCUGGCGUGCGAUGGGAUCUGGGAUGUGAUGUCUAACGAGGAGCUGUGCGAGUUCGUCAGGUCCCGGCUACAGGUGUUUGACGACCUGGAGAGAGUCUGCAACGCCGUGGUGGACACCUGCCUGCACAAGGGCAGUAGAGAUAACAUGAGUGUGGUGUUGGUGACUUUACCGGGAGCUCCCAAGGUGUCUGAACAAGCUCUGAAGAAAGAGGAGGAACUGGACAAAUACCUGGAGACACGUGUAGAGGACUUGCUGGGUGGCUGUGGGGAAGAGGGAGUUCCUGACCUGGUGUGUAUUCUGAGGAACAUCGCCUCUGAGAACAUCCCCAACCUACCACCUGGAGGAGGCCUGGCCAGCAAGCGCAGUGUGAUCGAGGCGGUGUACAGCAGGCUGAACCCACACAGAGAAGAGGAAGGGUGUGAUCUGGAGGACCAUUGGUAGUCGUGGUAACAGCGACCCCGGUCUCCUCCUGUGAUUGGUCUAGCCACCCAGAGGGGGAGUUGCCUCCUCCACACGCCCAGUGGACGACGUGCGUGUGCAUGUGCGUGAGGACGAACACACACACCCACACACACACGCUCUGCUUUUACCUGGGAGGAGUGUGUUUUUGGAGGUGUUGCGGUUGUUUUAAGGACUGCUGAAACAUCAGGAUGGUAGAAGAUGAUUUUUACCUUCCAGGUUUUCUGGUGUUUUAUUUUUUUUUGUUGAUGUUGUUGACAUUGAUCACCUGACUACAUACGGACAUGAGGACCUGAGGUGUAUUUGUGUAUGUGUGUGAGAGAAAGCUUUGAGGUGGGGACCAGGACCCAGACUGGUUCAAUCUGGCUCUUGUCUUGGACUCUGUGCUGCCCGGCAACCCCAACCGCCCGAACACACACCACACACACACCCUUCAACCUUACACAACACA